UGUUUGAUGUAGUGUUAGUGCAUUAUUUAGGCUCUCUUGAUUUUCCUUUUCAUGUGGAUGUUUUAGGCCACGAGAACAUUCAACUUAAUUUACGGAUAGAAGUUAAAGGUAAUUUUUUUAUUAACACUUAUCUUUAUAAAUAGUAUGUAAUUAUAUUCCAUCGUAUUGUACGAUUGAUUUGUAGUAAUUUGUGUAAAACAAAAUUUAUAACCACGUGGCCAUCUUGUCUUGGUAUCAUCUAAUUCACGACGUCCAUUGCCUAACGGUGUGUCCGGAUUCAUUUCAAUUACUAACUAUAAUUAAUUUUCUUUUAGUAAAAUGCAGAUCUUCGUGAAAACGUUGACCGGGAAGACGAUUACUCUCGAAGUAGAGUCAUCGGAUUCCAUCGAAAAUGUGAAGGCCAAAAUUCAAGAUAAAGAAGGUAAACACGUUAAAAAUGUAUAAUAAUUCUUAUACUGAUGUAGUAUUUGUUUUUUAAAGUAGAUAUUAUAAUAUUCAACAUUUUUCUAUUGAUUAAAUCUGAAAAAAAAAAUUGUUUGUAUCACUCGUUAAAUCUGAUUUAAAAUGUACAUUUUUAUUAAUUUUAAAUGUUUAGUUUGGUUAAAUAAUUGGAUUUAAUAGACCUAAAUUUAUUUAAAGGCUCAACGUUUAGCUUGAAAGAAGGUAUCAUGUUGAUUUUCAAACUAAAAUAUUGUUAUAAUAUAAUUUAAUAAUUUUUAUUUUAUUAGACAUUAAACAUUUAAAUUAAAUAAUACUAUUAAUUUAAAAAAAGUGCUGUAAAAAUGUAUUCCCCGUUACUUGUGUAAUUCAUGUGAAGAAUAAGACUAUGUUCAGUGUAUUCAUAACGCAAUUCUCUCGGAUAUUUUUAAAUUCUCGCAUCCGUUUUAAUAUAAUUUUAAAUCUAUGGAUACAGUCUCUUGGUGCUCUUUGUUUUAUUAUCUAUAAUCAUAAUACAUUUUUACUAAUAUGAAGACACCCGUGAGAUGAAUUAUCAGAUCAAAUAGAAGUUUCGGGCGAGGGUGGCCAACCCAAAAUAGUUAAUUUGACAGAGAGAAAAAAAAACAUUUUUACUGCUCUGCUUUUAUAGAUGAUUUAUAAUUUUUUUCAAGUAAGCCAUUUUGAGCCUUUUUACAUAGACACAUAAUACCUACAUUUAUUAUUUUAAAAUUACUAUUCAAAUGUUUUAGGUAUUUCUUUCUAAUUAUAUAUUUAUGAACUUAGGUGUGUCUUAAUUGAUUUUAAAUGAAUCUAAUACUUAUAUAAAUUACGUACUUUAAUAUUUGAUUUACUUUAGUUGACUGAAAUUAUCAGUUAUUGUAUUGAUAUUUCAUGGUAUAUCAUCAAAAUAUUUGAAUUAAAUUGAAUUUUGUAGCAAUUAUAUAAUAACAUUAAAUACUAUUUAUUUGAUAAUUAUUUUUUUUUUCAUUUAACUACAAUUAAGGCAACUAUUAUCACUUGAUUUUUAUUUCUUAAAAAUAAAAUUGAAGAAAAAGGUACCUAAAUAUAAUAUUUUAUUUAAUAUUAAAAUUUUUGAUGUUGCCAUGUUUUUCAGUACCUACAAUUUAUGUAGAAUAUAAAUUGAUUAUUUUUAUUCAACUUUGAUUUUAUUGUAAUGCCCAGUUUAUACAGUAUGUAGUUGCGUAGUACUUGUCACUUACACUAAUACCUAAAAAUAGGGCAUGUGGAAGAGAAAUACGGGUGAAUAAUAUCAAGUUUUAUUACUAACAACAAGUAGCUACUCUCUCCACGACUACACUAUUCUUGUGACUGCCAGUUGGUACUUAGUAAUUGUGAUAAAAAUUGUAGAGUUGUACACUUAUACAUGUGGCCAAGUAGUCUUAAUACAAAUGGCAAGUAUUAUUCAUCGGGUAAACCAAGCAUAAGUAUUAUUUACAUGGCAUUCAUGUUGCUAAAAUAACUGAUCAAAAUAUAUAACCUUUAUUUUACUUUCCCACACUCGUUUUAUUGUGAACUAUUACUGUAUGAAAAAAAAUAUAUCAAUAUGUAUACAUUUUACAAUUUAAAGAACAAAACAAAAUUUAAAUAAAUAUUCCUAUUCUAAAAAAUAUUAAUAUUAUUUAUUUAAAUAAAAAAUUACUUAGAUAUAUUUUGAUGUAGAAUUGACAAAAUAUUAUAACCUCUAAUGUGAUUUCUAAAUAAAUACUUAAAAAUGGCCUUCAUCAUUUUUAGGUAUUCCUCCUGAUCAGCAACGUUUGAUAUUUGCUGGAAAGCAACUUGAAGAUGGACGUACUCUUUCGGACUACAAUAUUCAAAAAGAAUCUACCCUCCAUUUGGUUCUUAGACUGAGAGGAGGUGCAAAGAAACGUAAGAAGAAGAAUUACUCUACACCCAAAAAGAUCAAGCACAAGAAGAGGAAGAUUAAGUUGGCUGUAUUGAAAUUUUACAAAGUAAAUAAUUGUUUUUUUGGGUUUUUUUUUUAUUUUUUAUUAUUAUUGCCUUAUAUUUUAUUUUUUAUUAUUAUUGCCUUAUAUUUUAAUUAAUUAUUUAAUUUGUUUUAAUUUAGGUUGAUGAAAAUGGAAAAGUUAUCCGUUUGAAGAAAGAAUGUACAUCUGAAAACUGUGGUCCUGGUGUAUUCAUGGCAGAUAUGCCAAACAGACACUAUUGUGGCAAAUGUACUGCUACUUUACCUAAAUAGACACAACUAUUGUAUGUUUUGAAUACAUAAUAUAAAACAUUUUAAAAAAAAAAAGUUUAAUUUUUUUUUUUAAUACAAUUUUACAAUGAUUCUUUCAAUGUCCAACAGUUCGAAUAGUUAUAAUCUGAAUAUGUACUAUAGGUAGAGUGUUCAGGUAUAAAUUACUAGAUUAAAAAAGUGAUUAUUAUUUUUUAUUGAAAAAACUUCUAUUUUUAAUAAACUAUGUAAAAUAUUAUCUUUUAAUGCAAGGAUAAAAGUUAGUCACCUUUUAAGUUUCUUCGUACAAUUUUAUAAAAAAUAAUUAUUGAUAUUUAUUAUGAAAUCUUCAUAUAUAUAUUAUUAUAAUUUGCUAUGUGGCGGAAAAGAAAUUUGAAGUCAUAUAAGUUUAACCUAAUACUAUCAAAGGUUGGCAUACUUUUAAACAAUUAUUUCACUCAUAAUUAUUUAUUUUUAAAUUAUCGUUAAAUUCUUUAAUAAAGCCUGGUUGUUAACCUAUCAUAAUAUUUUAAUUAUUACCUACUACUAUUGAUGUUAAAUAAGUGUAUUUUUUGUCAAUGGAAGUAACUGUUUAGUCACUUUUCUCACUUAUUUUCAAGUCAUUGACCACUUCCAUCCCUGUUUAAUGAUAUAUAAAAAAUAUAAUUAUUAGGUAAAGCUUAAAAAAUAAUAAAUCAGUAUUUUUUUUAAAUUUUAUCACAGUUUUACAAAAAAAAAUUUUUUCUAAUAAUAAUAUGAUUUCUUUGAAGGUUAAAGUUUAUCCGAAAACAAAUUUUACUCGUGGAGAUCAACUGACUAACCUGCUGCUAACAAAUUACAAAUACUAUGUAGAAAUGUGGACACAAAAAGAAAGAUAAGUGAAAAUACAGGGUAGUUUUUUUAUAAACCAGUAAUUUUUCUUGAAGGAUUUUAAGUAAAUUUGUUAAAUAGUUUUUUUAAUCAUUGUGGAAUUGUUUGGGCAUUAUUUUAAAAUCAUUUUUAAUUUUUUACCUCCACUACGUAUACCUUAAAUAAUUAUAUACAUUUUAACACUAAUAUUUGAUUUACCGUUCAUAAGUUUAAAGUUUGAACCAGAAGAGUAGGGAAAAAUAAUAAAUUGCAUAAAAUCUAUUUUCAAAUGAUUAAUGUAUAACUUCCAUAUUCCUUCACUCUAACUUUGUAUGAUAAAUUGAUAUUAGUGUUAUGAAUAUUAAAAUUUCUAGAAAAAUAUUUUCCAUUCAAAUCUGUGUUACUAUUUUAAAAACAAAAGUACUUAUUUAAGGUAUAUGGAGUGGGUUUAAAAAUUUAAAAAUGGUUUUAUAAUUAAGCUUAAAUGAUUAAACAAGAACAGAUGACACAUUCACUUAGAAUCCCUCUAGAAAAGUGCUGAUUCAUGAUAAAUCAUUCUAUAUACACGUAUUGUAACUUAUUAAUUUGCAACUCUUCCGACAGGCCCAUAGCCUGGGGGAGCCAUUCUUAGCUUCCUAGUAUUUUUAUCAGAAGAUGGCUAUUUUAAAAUUAAUCAUUAUAUUGGAAAAAAAUGUUAUGGAUUAUGAUAUUGUUUUUUUGUAAUACCUCCCUAUAACUUUUCAUUCCUCUCCACCCUCUGAAAAAUUGAUCUGGGUCCAUAGUCGUUUAUAGGCUUUUAUGACAACAACCAAAAAUAACGUUAAUGUUCGAAUACAAUACAUAUACUUGGACCUAUAUAUUAGUUAUCAUAUUGCUAUAUAAUAUCAUUCUACAAAUUAUAUAAUUUUUUAAUACGGGACAAUUUAGUAUCCUGUAUAAUAUGGAACAGUUUGCCACUCUAAGGGUCUAUAGGUCUAGAUUUGUAUACAAUCUAAGGGCAUUAUAAAAGCCAAUCAAAUGAUCUGUUUGUACAUUUAAAUAAAUAAUUUUUAUUUACAAUUAUUUUAUGAAUUGCAGCAAAAUAUACUAAAGUACCAAAUGCAC